UUUCAUCAAAAAUCAUCUGCAAUGAAUACUAUUGACGUGCCUCCAAUAUUCGAUCUUGUGGAAGUGGAGAAUCUCAAUGAAACCAAUGUAAUCUGCAACAAUGGAGAAUGUAUCACUGUGGACUCCUUGUCGUGCCCAAAUGUGCUUAACAAAAGUGCUCUGCUCUAUACCCUCUCCUUUUUGUAUAUCUUUAUUUUUAUGAUUGGCUUAGUGGCCAAUUUUGUGGUUGUCUGGAUGAAUUUUCAAGCAAAAAUUACUGGUUAUGAAACUCACUUAUACAUCUUCAACCUUGCUGUUGCUGACCUCUGUGUGAUCAUCACUCUUCCCAUCUGGGUAGUCUCCUUUGUUCAACACAGCCAGUGGAACAUGGGGGAAAUCUCAUGCAAGAUAGCUCACCUUGUGUUCUCCAUCAAUCUAUAUGGCAGCAUCUUCUUCCUGACAUGUAUGAGUGUGGAUCGGUACCUCUCAGUUUCUUUCUUCAAACCUGCCAGCAGUGUUAAAAAGAAAAGACUCCGUUGUUGCAUUUGCAUCUUGGUAUGGCUCUUUGCCUUCUUUGCAGCCCUUCCUGAUACCUAUUACCUUAAGACAGUUUCCUCCAACAAUGAAACCUAUUGUCGUCCUGUCUAUCCAGAGGAAACCGCAAAGGAGUGGCUAGCUGGCACAGAGCUAACCUCUGUUAUUUUAGGUUUUGUCAUUCCUUUUCCUGUCAUUGCUAUUUUCUAUUGUCUUUUAACCGCAGCUGUAUCAGCCUCUAAUGAUCAAGAGAGGAGGAGUAAUGUGAAAAUUAUUUUUUCCUAUGUUCUCGUGUUUCUUGUCUGCUGGCUGCCAUAUCACAUAGUUGUCUUGCUUGAUUUCUUCUUGGCCUUCCAUUUUAUACCCUUCAGUUGCCAAAUGGAGAAUGUCCUUUAUGCAGCCCUUCACAUUACUCAGUGCUUCUCUCUGGUUCAUUGUUGCAUCAAUCCCAUCCUUUAUAGUUUCAUCAAUCGAAACUACAAGUAUGAACUCAUGAAGGCAUUUAUCUUUAAAUACUCAGCUAAAACUGGCCUUACAAAGCUGAUUGAUACUUCCAAGGUUUCAGAAAUGGAGUACUCUGCUUUGGAGCAAAAUGCUAAAUGAUCAUUGCGUUGCAAAAGACAUUGCUGGGGAAACAGAUUACUCCUUCCCUAGUUACUGAAUCUUGUCUACACAAUAUGCAUUUUACAGUAUAUAUUUUUAAAAAAACAUAUUUUGCAGUUGCACUGGAAGAUAAAUAUAUUUAACCAUGGAUUUGAACAAGAUUGUGAGAGUAUAAAAACUGUAGUUUUAAUAUUAGAUAUUCACUCAAUUUCCUAUUGUAAGAGUAAUCUGCAUAACAAAUGAAAAUUAUAUGUAUUUUAAGUUGGUCUUCACAAAGAUUUUGUGACAACAUAGUUGUAAUAUAUUUUUAAAUAUUCAUUAUUGCAUGUUAAUAUGUUUCAUGAUCUUUGUCUUAUUUGUUUCUUUCAGUUUUCAUCUUCCUAUUUGUAAGUUAUUUUUCAAAUACUAUCUUUGAAAAUAAGAUGCAAGCAAUACAGUAUGCUAUUUGUAUGUGGGGGUAGGGCAGAUAUACCUGAUAUUUAAUUUAAAAUUCUCUUUUGAGUCAAUCACAAGUAUUCUUGGUGACUCCAAUAUCAUUUUGUAGACAACUCUACAAAAAUGGUUUGCCACAGUUCUCUUCUUCAAUUCCUUUUCUACAGGGAAUAUAACCUGAUAUUCCCUGGAAGUCUUCCAGUAGCAAUCAGAACAGAUUCCUAUUCAGCCAAAAUAGUAUACAUUUCCAAAUUAUAGAUUCAGAGGUAAAUCACAAAAUAAGGUUUGCUUGUAGCAGGGGUCCCCAAACCCCAGUUCCCCAGCCCAGUGUUGGGCUGCAGCCCAUUGGGAACUGGGCCGUGGAAGUGGUAGGCAUGCGUUUGCAAACCUGCAGUUGUGAAAGUGGCGCAUGUGUGCGCGUGAAACCUUCCCCUCCCCCACUUCCGCCACCAGUCUGCUGAGCCAGAAAGGUUAGGGACUGCUGGCUUACAGUAUCCCACUUGUGACAUACCUGCAUCAGCUAAUUAGGAAUGGAUUCAAAAUACUGAUGAACAGGGUACCUCCAAAGUAGUUUUUUUCAGCAAUAUUCUUGUCACAACCAUAUAGACUUAUGUGUGUGUUUAUGUAUGUGUGCAUGCAUGUAUAUGCUUCCAAAUGUAACUGGUCUCUGUAGUCCAUUUGUGUUCUUUUUCUGAUCCUAAAAAUAUCCAAUAAACAGGCAACAUGUUA